AUGCCAUCCCGGAAGAUCAAAGACAGAAUAUCUCGAUCAACGGCAUCUCAAUGCCAAUUGGUUUGUCCGUUGGAGCCUUGGCGACCGGUCAUUUCAGAAAUGUAUACCAUUUUGUCUUCGGAGAUUCUGGGCUACAACACGGUGCAGUACUUCUCGCUCGGAACUUGGGCUUCGCUGCACUAUUUGUCCGGCUGCGUGGAUGGGGUGAUGCCCGCGGUGAAUUGCACGGGGCCGCCUCAGCGCCACGUGGCCCUCGAGUUGUGGGAAUCCGGCUGGCAAGAUCCUGACUGGCUCGCAAAGGCAGACUUCUUGGGCAGCGAGCGUGCUGUCCAGACUUCAGGAAGCAUGGGAUUCUCCGGAGUCGAGGGCAUGUUCGUCAUGGGCCGCACCCGGCAGAAUGCCCUGGAACGCUCCGGGCUGCACUUAUCCUAUUAUGGCUUUUUUAACGUUUCAUGGUUCAACCCGGCGGACUACGCGCCCCAUGUGUCAGAGGUGAACAUGAGCAAACUCUUGACCUGUGCAGAAGCCAACCCCCCUGGCGCGCAGAACUAUAUCGAAGCGACGGGUGAUGCCGAUGGUGUAGAGACACGCAAUGGUGCGAUCGUAUACAAAUGCUGGCAAGAGAAGUGGUGGGUAGCUCCUGCUUGCCGAAAUAACCCGAGCAGCUGCAUUGCUGUGAUUACCCUUCGGGGAUGGGGCAAUCGAGAAAUCUCGCAGCAGGCGUUCUUCCACCACAUGCCUUUGGCCAUUGCCAGUGCAUUGGAGUUUCCCGAAUAUGUGGAGCUCAACGUGCAACAUCAGUCGUUUCUUUUUUGGUGGACUCCGGACUCCACCUUCGUGGAGUAUGAUGCGGUGUUGGUGGAAAUGCCACCAUGGAACCCCUCAGAGCAAAAGCAGGGAAUUCUGAGAUCAUCAAUGAAGCAGUCCAUGCUCACCACUGGUACGUCUCCGAUCCUGGAGACGGCGGCGGAUCGCGCCUGGGGCCUCGCCCGAGCCUUACGGCUCUCGGACAGCAACGUCAAUGACUUGCUCGUUCUUUCCGUUGAGAAUGAUUACGACUAUUAUGCAGCUGCUUGCACCUGGCUGAAAGCCAAUCAGCACGUUUGGGAGGAGUGGGUGCCCGACAAGACAAAGUGUUCCAUCGGCAGGGGCAUGGUGAACUCGCAAGGGGAGUUCGUCACAUCCCACGCUGAUGCGGUGGAUUGCGCCAUUUGCCCAGCAGGGCGAGCUUCGACGAAGUCUAGUGACUCCAGGUUGUGCACCAAAUGCACUCCAGGCAGCUAUCAGGGAACCUUUGGCAUGUCUGAAUGCAAGCUGUGCGAGCUUGGCACCAUGGCCGUCGGAGAAGGUGCCAUUCAAUGCGAUCAGUGCCGGCUUGGUGAAUUUGCCAACCGCACUGGGAUGAGCUUCUGCUACAGGUGUGGUGCGGGCAGUGGCCAGGAGAACUUAUGGACCACCAGCCAAGAGGUUGACAUAGAAGGGAAGAGCGUGGUGUCGAUCAAGCUGCAGGGUGCGAUUUCCGAGUCCUACUGCCACUGUGACAGCGGCAGCUUCUUGUGGGAAGACCGUUGCGAGGUCUGCAUGGAGGGUGCCAGCUGUUUGGGCACCGACCGCUUGGAAUUGUUGCCUGGGUACUUCUCAAAGGAAGAACUGCCUGGCGAUGUCUACAAAUGCUCCGAUGAGCGGAUUUGCCCAGGUGGGCCUCCAGGCAGUUGUGCUGCAGGCCGCGAUGCUUCAUCGGUGGCCUGCGCUGAUUGCAAGGAGGGAUUCCGCGAAGGGAAUGACAUGGUCUGUGAAGUCUGCGGAGAUGGCGACCAUGUGUUCUUCAGCAUGGUGGUGGUUGUGAUCGUUGGUGCUGUGGCGGCGUUGUAUUUGGUGAUGCUAAAUGAGACCAAGUGGAAUGUCAAACCCUUUAGGUGGUGGCUGCUGGAUGCCAACAGUUAA